AUCACGGUAGGAUUGAGAAGAACAAACAGAGUAAUGUGAUCUCGCAGCACCAGCGACCAACUAAAAGUUAUGCAGGCAAGCUCACCUGAGACAUGGUCACGUGGGCAGUCCAGAGGAGAGAAAUUUGGUAAUAGAGUACUCACACGAAACAUCACUUUUCUUUUUGACCAUGGCUAUGGAUGGUGGAUGAAGAAUUACAAAUGCCUGAGAACAAAACAGAUCUAUAAGUGAGUGCGUUAGAAAUGCUGCAGACAUGUAGAUCUAUGUGGUUUUGGUGUCUGUGGUGGAUCUUUACUACACUACUGCUCAGUAAGGCUCAAGAAAAUCCACCAAGCCAGCCAGGUUUUUAUUGGCCUCUGGGUAGCCUCAGUCCUGUCCCCUGUCCCAAAGGGACAUACGGGCCGACCGUUGGCGCAGUGUCCAUAGAAAGCUGUUUAAAGUGUCCUCCUCACCACUACUGCCCCAGACCUGGCUUGUUUGCCCCACUGACCUGUGGUCCUGUUGCUCAGCAACCUCUAUCUGGCCAGGAUACCUGCAGCUGCCCAGGAGAGGGGCAGAGUUUUCAGAGCAGUGACGGGCGCUGCCUCUGUACUCUAGGCUAUCAACCCACCAGUAACGGAGAGUUGUGUGUGCAGCAUCUGUACGGCGUCUGCAGAGACGGCAAGUCCCGCACGCAGUACGGAGACUGCUUCAACAAACAGCAGUGGUCGUUUCACUGCAGUCAUGAGGUGUGCUCAAGUGCAGAGGACUACCAUGGUUAUGACAGGGAGCUGGGUGUGUGUGUUUGCAGAGGGCCUCCAGGCAGAGCUGCAUGCGGAGGGCUGUGCAGGAGAAAACUGGAGCAUGGCCUCCAGCUUCAGUGCAGUUCUGAUGGAGACGUGGAAAUGAAGUGGAGCCACGAGUGGAGCCUCUCAGGCAGUGUGCUGGAAGCACUUUUUAAAAAGUGGGACUCACAGGGGAGCCUGCAGUGCAGCGGCUAUCGUAAAUCCUCACGUCCUGUCUACAUUGUUCAGACAACAGAGGGAGGAUUCCUUGGCCUCCUCAGCGGCCUCCCAAAGGAAAUUCAGCAGCUGUUUGAGGGGGACUCCCAGAGCUCAGCGGAUAAGGAUUCUGAAUUAUUUGACGUGGAUACUGGUGUGGGAAACAUCAGUCAUGAAAUGAGAGAAUUUGGUUUCACGGAGUGGAGAAAGGAUGACAGAAAUGUUCUGGAGUUGAGUGUUUCUGGAGUUUUGAACCCAACAACAUGUCUCCAUCUGGGUGAUGUUUUACUGUUCAUUGUCAACACACAUCAUUACCCACUGUACGAUCUUAACAACUUGUACAACACAAACACUGACUUUGACUGGGGUGCGUUCAGACUUUUAAAAGAAGAGCUGACACUGUCUUGGACUCCUCCUGUCUUCUUUUCUGUGGUCUUUAGCCAACCUGGAGUGUAUGUUUUCACUCUGAGCAGCAAUCAGCACAGACACUUGUACGUAAGAGUGAUGCCUGCAGGAGGCCAGUGUUAUGAGCCCGGUCCUUUUUUCCCUACCACCCCUCGUCACCUGACCAGGAUGGGGAUCAGAAGAAGACGUGACCUGUUACUUCAGCCUGACUGGUUGGUGACUGGAGGACUGUUGACUGGAGCUGUGGUCAUUCUCUGUUUAAGCGUUACAGUGCUGAUCCUGUUCCGGGAAUACGGAUGGCCGGAGAAGGAGCCAAUCAAAGCGAAAUAUCGCUCGUUGCAGUUGGCGUAUCAAAUGGAUGACUACUCAUCAAAAGGCUCCAGGGUGAUCUCGCUUCAAAAGAUCCAUCGAAAGCAUCAAGCUGGAGUGACGCACGACUCCAUUCAGCCAGCCUGUGUCGACAGUUCGGAUGAGUUCUGGGACUAUGAACACCAGGUGGAUCUGGAGGCAUUCAGCAGCAACAUCUUCUACAGCCUGCUGCUCAAACAAAGCCUUUCUGUCACUACACGGUUGGGACAGCUCACCACUGAGGUGAAGGAACUUUAUCAGGGAGUGCUUGGGAAACUCCAGCUGCUCCACCCAGGCGUGAUUGCAGAAGAGAGGAUGGGGGAUGGCGAUGAGAGGAUGAGGAGGGAGAUGGAGAAAGAAGUGGUGCGACGGAAGUCUUUGGCAUCGCAGCUGCAUACUCUGCUCGACAGUCAGUUGCAGGUUCUGAGGCGGGAGCAGCAGGCCAAGAAGAGGGUCUACAGCAUGUUCACAUCACAGCUCAGAGAGUGCACAAGACUCCUGUCCAAGAUUCACAACAAGAACCGGGCCUUCUGUGAGAUGCUUCAGCAAAAUUUAAUCCAGAAGCUUGCAGCUCUUGUUGAUGAAAUGGGAGAGCUGGUGUCAGCAGAGUGCCACCGUCAGGGAGCGUGGGGAUUGCUGGGGGAGGGUACGGGGGCCAAGCUGCUCUGCCUCGACACCGGAACUGUCCUGAACAAAGACAACAUCUUUAAUCCUGAUGGGUCUUUACGUGCCUCUGGGUCAGUUCACUAUGAUUCAGUUACGGGGCUCAUAAGGCCGAACGCUCAAAGCCACAUGCUGCUGAACAGUGGCCACACCAUGGCAGUGCCCCCUGAUUUCUUCCUUCACCCACAGACGGGCAGACUUUUGCCCAUUGUUGGUAAUGUGGCCUAUGAUCCUGCCAGUUCUACAUUGGUGUUUACUACUGACCUUUGUUCAGGUGACAACAGGAAGUGGGACAGUCCCCUCCUUCCUUUCCUUCCUUAUCCAACCUCUGGUCACUCUGGCCAGCCUCUGCCUUGCUCUCGGCUCAAAAGCCUCAGACCGGGCCAGAGGCUACAGCUGGGCAUUCCCAUGCCUGAUCCAGACACAGGAGUCCCGGUACCCAUUCUGGCAGUAACCAUCCACCCGCACACUGGAUUAGUCUAUCCACUGGGAAGGUUACAUGUCUGCCCAUUCUCCCGCCUACCACAGCCUAUACAAAUAGGUUAUCCAAUGCUGGACUACAGGACAGGGAACCUUGUUCUCACUGUAGGGGUCAGUUUAGAUCCAGUAACAGGAGAUGUGCAGCCAGUAGGUGGAGUCUUGCUGGCUGAUUCUUUUGUCGAACCUCUGAGUGGGCGGAUGCUGAGAGUGGGAGGGGCCAACAUCAGGGCUGGACAGGUAGUGGCAACCGCAGGAGGAUAUCAAACUCUACUGGACAACAAGGUUUUGGCAGAGAUGUUUAAAGUAUUGGACACUUUAAAACCCCUGAUCGAGCAGUGGGGUUCAGAUCCAACCCUGCAACACACGCAACCCCAGCCAGGAAGCCAGAGUGUAAGUGGUCCACAAGAUGAUCUCCUUGCUGUGACAAAGGGGCUGGAGCAGGCCUGGGGGCGGAGCCUGCACUGCCAGCUGCAGCUGUGGACCAGACUGGAGAUGCUGCUGGAGUGGGCUGCUGGUCUGCAGCAGGACGGAGGCGCUCUGGGAGAGAUUUCUCUGCCGAGUUCAAAGAUGCGUGUUCCAGCUCUGCUAGGAAUGGAAUAUCCGGAUCCUGCGGGAUCUGGUCUGAGUGUUCCUGUACUCGGGUGUCAGAGGGAUCCCAUCUCUGGGAACUCAAUUCCUUUAGCUGGAACCAUGGAGGACCCAGAUGGGAAAGGUCUAGUGGCAAUCCGUUAUGGAUCUCAGACUAUUGACCCAGUGACUGGACUGUUAGCACCGGUAGUUGGAGCACGGCUGGAUGUGUAUAGAAAAAUCAUUGUCCCCGUUACGGCUUCAUACUGGAUGAUGAUGGCAGAACAAACUGAUACAGCACAGGUCGAAGAGCUGCACAGAGAAGUGUGUGUGAGAAACACCUACUGGCAGCAGCAGAGGCAGCGCGAGGAAGAUAUUAUUACUGAUCUGGAUUCAGCUUUACUCCAGUGUCUCUGUGGAGRCACAGAUGCAGAUGCUUCUCAGGUCCCAUGGUCAGGGAGGCAGCUGAGGGAUGCAACCAUUGAGCUUCAGGAUGCAGCACAGACUGAGGUUCAGAGGAGAGCAGCUCAGCGCUCAUACCUGGCUCUGGUCCUGUCUCCAAAUGUACUACACACCCUCACAUUGGGUGAUGAAGACGAAUGGGACCAGCAGCGCUCUUGGCACUCAGUGCUCACGUCUGGUCUCGAUAAGCUGGACGUGUGUAUGGAUCAGCUGCAACAAGACAAGGAGAAAUGGAAGUCACAGGCUGGGGAGUGGUCCACAAACCUCCAUACCACAGACAGAGAGCUGAGGCAGAGAGAGCUGUGGGAGCAGUGCAGCUCCAGACAAAUGGAGCUGAACGCUACGCUUACUUCACUGCAUUUUGUUAGACUUCUUUCUCAGCUGCGUGCCAACACAGCCCAGGCAGUUCUGUGUGGGAGCUUUUGGUUUAAAGACUAUGGUCUGGUCCAUCGCAACGGGCAAAAAUCAAAUAUAACAAUCACUGGUCUUUUCCAACGGAGGGCUUUGCCUCUGCUUGAGAGACUGAUUCACCUCCUGGAAGAAAAACAGCCGAACAGCUUGUCCUCAAACAUCUGCAAUCAGCACAUCUCUGGUUUGUCGACAAAGCAGGCAUAUUGUUUGGAGAUGCCAUCUAGAGUCUGGACGGCCUCUGUACCUGUGGGAAAAGGCCUCUCCACUCAGUCUUUGAGGGAGCCUGUAAAUGUUGCCCAUUCCCAGGACUCUGGCCUUCAGGCAAACUCGGUGCCGGCACACAAUUCACAGACUGUCUCUUCAGGUAUUCAUUCUCAAGAGAGCCAAGAGAUGAAGGAGUCUCCUCAUUCUGCACAUAUAGUUGUCCCCACAUUUCCAGAUGAACAGUGGAAAAGGCUGUUGGAGGUUUCUCCUCUAUUCCAGCUGUUAAAGGAAGUGGAGCUGCAGCUGAGGGUCUGGGCUGGUAAGGCAGGUCUUCUUGAACAAGAGCUCUGUGGUGACAGAGGUCAGAGUUUCAUCGAUGCCCUCGAUGCUCAAUGGGAAUGUGAGGGAGAGCUGAUCCCUUUGAGCCUGUCAGUCCUCAACCCCAGAGAGUUCCUGGUCUACCAGCAUGGACUGUUCCUGAUGGACACACUGCACAACCGGAAACUAACUCCAGCCAUAUCACUCCAGAUAGCAGCUAGCCUCCCAAGCAACAACUACUUCAACAAUGCCUUCAGAAAUUCAUUUUUUUAUCAGGAAGCAGAGGAGAUGCUCUUUGUUCGCCGUCAGAGACUCCAGUCUGUCGGAGGCUUUUCUCUCAUGUUAAUUCAUUGUCUGUCCCAUGUCAGAAUGAAAAACAUGAACUCAGACUCCAGUCCCACUUUCCAAAGGCUUUUCUUUCAGGCUUUGCAGGAAUGCCUAGGAGAGCUCUUUCAGGCCAGAUUGGGCAAAUCACCAUCUGAAAAAGGAUCCAGUUUGUCUGCUCAGUUUCAGAUGCAGGGCGAUCUACAGGAGGUUCUGUCAGACCACCGUGCUGUGUCUUUGCUUCACAGGAUUCACAAACCAGUAAGAGGGUUACUGUCUGAAGAUGAGGCGGAGAAACUGCAGAUGAAGCACAGAGAAACAUCCGUGUUCUCCCAUCUUGAAGGACUUCUGAGAGAGCAGAGUUCUGAGGCCACAGAGAGAAGAGAUGAACAGCCCGAGUGACCUAAUAUAUUUUAUAAUUGGCAAAGAUAUGUGCUAUGAAAAACUGUCAAUAUCAACUUUAUUUAUAUAGCACAUUUAAAAGAAACAUUGCUGACCAAAUUGCUUCACAGGUUUCAUUAAAAACCCACUUAAACA